UCGUGUCACGUGACCUUCAGGUAUCAGCUGACUCAAACACCGUUGACCUAUUUUUCAAGAUAUUUGCAUAUAUCAACAGAUUUAUAUAUUUGUAAAUUAUGUUACCUGCCGGCUAGUCGAAGAUACAUUAUAGUUUUGUUUUUGUCAGUGAAUGUUGCUUUGUUUCACGGGUAAGUUGACGCGCAGCACACGGACACAAUACGUCUCUUAUGUUUAUCAAGGUCAUCUUAGCCAAGGGGGGGGGGGGCAUGUGAGAGAUAAUCCAUCAGUAGGUAAAAUGUUUAUCUACCAUCCAGUUACUAGCCUUCGUGGAUGGUAUUUACCCUGACUGUGCAGACAAUAACGUACUCUACUAGUAUUUACCUAUUAUGUCCACAGGGUCCAGCAAUAGCUCCCUAGCCACGAAAUUAACAUUUGUUAAACAAAUCCACAAGGGCCGUGAUGAGGGUUUGAACCUAUGUCUCAGAGGAUCCCAGAAGUGUCUUAAUCUGUGUUUAACUAUAUUUGUUCUUCAUAUUGCGUGAGUGACAUCUAUAUUAGUUUUCGUCGCGGCCUUUGCCACUGUAGGAAGUCUGAGAGGAGGGGGAGGGGUGAGUGGGCCUUAGAGGGGGUGACACAGGUGUAAAGAGGCAGAGGAGUACAGGUGUUAUGGCUCUUCACACCUGCGCUCCACCAUAAGUGUAGCGAGGCUGGCAGAGAUCGGAGCACUGCUGAUGGCUGACACAGACCCAGGUCACUGCUGGGGCACACUACCUGCGUCAGGAGACGUCCACCGGACGGGGCACCUACAAGACACUUCAACCCGGACCCACCUGUGCCAACGGCUCUCCCAAGAAGACUAUUACAACACUGUCAAGUUCGCUAUCGGGUACCAAGAGCUGCAGAAGCGCUGGUCUACAGGCUGGGGACUCCAGGGGCACAGAGACUCCCUCCAGGGGCACAGAGACUCCCUCCAAUGGCAUAGGAACGUACUGCUGGAACGGGAAGACGAACCUUGGUGGCAUAGAGACACGUUCCAGAAGCAUAGAGAAACAAAGGGGACGCGUCACAGGAAAAACAGCCUUCAUCUGCCCAUCAGGGAGUUAGCGAUACCUACAGCAUACCCCGAGGAAUAUGUGGGCGAGGCUGCCUCCAGCUCGCGGUUGUGGGACUCUAUGGCGGGAAACAUGUCUUUAGGGAGGCCGUCGUCCCUCUUGUCUACACUAUCCUCAUCUUCAGGAGACUCAUCCCCGUACUCAGAGGACUCGUCCCCUUCCUCAGAGGGGUCAUAUCCCUCACCAGGAGCCUCGUCUCCAUACGCCACCCUCAGCGCUCUCGGUCGAGCUCAUGAAAUGGAAAAUACCAGCGUCCAAGAAACGUUGUGUACGUCGUCCCCUAAAUGUGCGUCAUUUCCCGUUGGUACGUCGUCGCAAGGGUCGUGUGGUGGGGACGACGGGGUCGUCGAUGGGGAGGGAACACACAGCGAGUACGGCGACGACUCCUGCAGCAGCAGCAACAAGGGAAGAUGGACGGAGAUAUUGGAGAAAUUACGAGGAGUGCUACGUAACUUGAAGCGUCAGCCUCCACUUACACCAACACCCUCCGCUCUCCACACCCAGGUGUGCGAGCUACAGGCGGAGCUGCAGGUCUACAAGCAGCUCUCAGAGACCAAGAGGCGCUCUGCUGACCUUCUCAAGCAUCAGCUGAUGGAGGUGCUGUACGAGCAGGUGGUGAGCCAGCUGGAGCACAAGCAGAGGCGGCGGCAGCUGGAGGAGGAGGUGGUGGCGCUGGAGUUUGAGGUCCACCUGCUGAGGGGGUCAUCCCAUCAUGACCUCCAUGACCUCAGCAACCCCACCUUCAGGGCCGUUUCAGAGAAGAAACCCCUAGACCAAGAGCCUCAUCGUCCCCGCCUGAUUCAUGACAUCACCCAGGACAGUGAUGUCACACAUCACACCGCUCCUAUCACACCUCUCCACCACUACUACUCUAAUGACUAGGGUGUGCGGCAGUUGUGGAGAGAGCAGCACAGCUUUUACUGACUGUAGAUGUAGUAUACAUAGAUACAGUAUAAAGUAAAUGUAGCAUAUAUAUGGAGUUUGCUGAAGCUUUUGAUGAAGUACCACAUGAAAGACUAUCAAGGAAAUUACAGGCACGUGGAAUAAAUGGCAGAAUACUAGAAUGGACAAAACAAUGGUUAAAACAAAGAAAGCAAAAGGUCACCCUAAACUGAAAUGGUGAGUGCAGUCCCGCAAGGGUCUAUUUUAGGGCAAACCCUUUUUUGUAUACAUCAAAGACAUACGGUAGAUGAAAAUAUUACAAAUAAUACAACUCGCUAAUGUAGUAAGAGAUUGCUCAGUCUAUAUACUUAAUUUAAAAAUAGAAGAGCGAAGUACCCAAUUUCCUCGCCUUCGUAUCCUACCUUGUGCUUCUAACUCAUUCAAAGACUUUACUAUCUUGAAAUAUAUCUACAUCAAAAUAAUUUAUCAUUAUCACCACCUUACCCGAUUAAUAUUACGGUAAUAUAGUAAUUACGGUAUGUAAGUCCCCAUUUGUUUCAUUAUGUACGUGUCGAUACUUUUAUAUCUUGUUCAAGAUUGACUGUUUCACCUUGUCACUUGUAAAUUUGUUUCAAACUUGGUUAAAGCUGUAUGUAGUACUGUAAUAUAUUUCAAUACUGUAAUGGUUAAUGUUGUGUAGCUGAAUCUAUAUGGAAUAUGUUA